AUGACAUCCCUGAGCUCUUUUAGUAUUAGAAUCAAGGGAGAAAAAUUGUCGUCCUAUGGGAUAGUGGCUAACCAACUUCCACAUCUGUUUUAUUUUCAGUCAAAACCCAGUCCAGCGCAGUCGUCUUGUGGAGGAGUGCCGAGAAAGCGCAAGUCAAAUGGCUUUCGUAAAACUGAAGAAACAGUGAGGAAGAGCGUAAGGAUAACGAGGACAUGUGAUCCCUCCGCAGCAGAUUUUGUUGACAACUAUGUGGACUCGAAGCGAUUAAAGCAACCCCGCAUAGUGCAACCACCGAAAGGUGCUAAACGAAUACCGAAUGUGAUGCCACGGAAUAAGGGAGCAAAAGAAAAGGACAAGUUAUCGAUAGAUAUGGUCGGUCCACGAACGAGAAGUAGUCUCGUCGAACUGAUAUCUCCUCUUGGCGGCACUCGACGACGGAAUGUGCAUGUUGAACUCACGGCUAAGAUCGGCCCAGAUCAUCAGGCAACAUUCGAACCAUUUUACGCUAGUGAUUUCGCGGCCCCUUCUAUUUCAAGUGUAGAUGAGGAACCUGACAGGGAUGAACUGAUAUGGCACCUUGAACCUAGCGGUAGCACCUCCUACUCAAGCGAAGAACUCGACGAUGCUUGGUCAGCUAUUCGUUGCCAAUACGGAGGGACGAUAGGACUAGAUUCGAUGUUAUACUGUCUAAUGAAGCACAACUACAAUAUAGAUGCGAUGUUGGAGAAUAUUGAAGUGGAGCAGUGGAGGAACCUGUCACAACCUUUUGAAGAACUGAAUAUUGCUCAGCAGAAGGAAUUCGAACGAGUUCUUCGGGACUUGAAAGGGAAAAAUUUUGGUGCGAUUCAGGACAAAUUUGUGAGUUAUUGUUUAGAGAGACUUGCUCGCUCAUAUCCGUUCAUAAAUUUGCAUUCAGAUGAGACAAUACUAUUAUUCAAUACUAUUAUCAAUCAAAGCGACGCGCUUGCGUUCAUGAGCGUUAUACGCGUUGUUUGUGCAGGGAAAGUUCCCUCCAUUUUGACUUUGCGAUACUAUUUUCCAAAUGAGCACUUCCUCUUCAGAAGAAAUGGCUGUCAUCGUAAUGUCGUGGGUAAAUUGUUUGAGAUGGAUGAGAAGGUCGUUAAACGUUGGGUGGAGCUGGAAAAGGAUAACAAGCGAACGAUGUCUAGUGCAGAGGUAUGCUAUAGAUCCUUAUUUAGUUGCUACUAA